UAAACUCCCACACACUAAAACCAUUCACUAAAGUUUCCAAUGACUCUUUAAGUCUCUAAUAUCCUCCUAUGGCAACCCGAGGAUCUCAAUCUGAGAUUGAACUCAUUGAAGUAGUGGUUGAGGCAUCCACAACCUUCACAAACCAUAAUCAACAAACAGUACUCUCAAUCAUAAUACUGAAACGAUUGCUAAGCACAUUAAACUCAAUACUGGCCAAAUUUCAUGCAGGGUAUUUCAGAAUAAGCUUAUCUCUAGGUAGCCAAGUUUUGUUAUGGAAGGCACUAAAUGGACCAAGCAAUGACACAAGUAUUCUACGUCACGCGCUUCACAUCCUUCAUCCAACGCCUUUUCUCGUACUAUGGUCUCUGGCUCUGUUUAUACUUGUUUUACUAUCUCUGCUUUACCUCUUGAAAUGCUUGUUUCACUUUAACACAGUGAAGACAGAGUUCUUGCACAACGUAGGGGUCAACUACCUAUUCGCUCCAUGGAUUUCUUGGCUUCUUUUGCUUCAAUCUGCACCAUUCAUAGCUCCAAAAACCUUCCCCUAUUUAGUCCUUUGGUGGGUUUUUGUGAUUCCUCUGGUGGUGCUUGAUGUAAAAAUCUAUGGUCAAUGGUUCACAAAGGGCAAGAAGUUCUUACCAACCGUGGCAAAUCCAACUAGCCAAUUAUCAGUCAUCGGAAACUUGGUUGGAGCUCAAGCUGCUGCGUACAUGGGGUGGCAAGAAACCUCUAUUUUCUUGUUUUCCUUGGGCAUAGUGCACUAUUUAGUGCUUUUUGUGACUCUUUAUCAGCGAUUUUCGGGUGGGAUUCAGCUGCCAGGGAUGUUGAGUCCGGUCUUCUUUUUGUACUUUGCAGCACCGAGUGUGGCGAGCUUGGCUUGGGAGUCCAUAACUGGGGAUUUUGAUAUUGUUUCAAAGAUGCUAUUCUUCCUCUCGCUCUUCCUCUUUACGUCUCUGGUCUUCAGGCCCAACCUUUUCAAGAGAUCAAUGAGAAAAUUCAACGUGGCAUGGUGGGCUUACUCAUUCCCGUUGACUGUCCUUGCUCUAGCUUCCGCAGAAUAUGCACAAGAAGUGAAAGGGAGCAUUGCACACAUCCUGAUGCUUCUUCUAUUGGCAAUAUCUGUUUUAGUUUUACUUGGUCUUAUGGUAUUCACUUUGUUCAACACUAAGAUGCUCUUAUCUGACAACGAUCCAAUUGUUAAUCUGCUUAAUCAUUUACCAAGAGUAGUGUGACCAAAAGAUGUGGAUUAUAAAUCACGUUCAAGCUCAAUCGUGACACAAAGUUUACACGGUUUUACUCUAGUAUCUUGUAAACUUCGUUACUUCUAACUCAUUUCCUUGAUAUAUGUGGGAUAUAUAGUACACCUAUUUCUAUGUGA